UAGUCCAUCAAUGAAAUAGUAAAGAGAGGGAGAUUCUGGGAGAGAGAGGGGAGAGAGAGACUAAAGCAUUCCCGACUGAAUCGGCAAUUCAAGGAAGAGAUUCCUUUGCUAGAAAGACCAAUAUCAAAAAGGAUCAGAAUGAAGCUUAUUAUUGGAAUAGGAGGUGUGACCAAUGGAGGCAAGACAACUUUGACGGGAAGACUCAUAAAGAACUUACCAAACUGUUGUGUUGUACAUCAAGAUGAUUUUUUCAAGCCCCAGGAUCAAAUAGAGCUCGGGGAGGACGGCUUUAAACAAUGGGAUGUGAUUACCGCCUUGGACAUGGAUGCCAUGGUGAACACGGUUAAGGGAUGGAUGGAGAACCCGGUGAAGUUUGCACGCUCCCACGGCGUGACCGUUUCACCCGUAUCUGACGGCUCGGACCCUGAGCGCGAGAUCCACAUACUCAUUAUAGAGGGAUUUCUUCUUUAUAACUACAAGCCUUUGCUUGACGUCUACAGCAAGUGCUACUAUGUCACCAUUCCAUAUGAGGAGUGCAAAAGGAGAAGAAGUAUGAGAACUUACACCGUUCCUGACCCUCCUGGUCUGUUCGACGGCCACGUUUGGCCCAUGUACUUGAAACACAGGCUGGAGAUGGAAAACUGUGGCCUAGAUAUCCAAUAUCUGGACGGAAUGAGAACAAAAGAUGAGAUCUAUAACCAAGUUUAUGAAGACAUUCAGAACUCACUGUUGAACAUCUUAUAGCAUCUCCAGUUGGAAUGAAGAUGUGUGUAUAGAACUGUAAA